AUGCGCAGCGCGGCGCGUUACAUUUUUGCCACCUCUCCUCUUUCUCUCCCUCUCUCUCCGGGCGAGCAUCUCGCGUGGCCUUCCUCAUCGGUCCGGGGGGCCCGCAGCGAGCAUCCCGUGCGCGCCUCCUUCCCCGCAAUGUGGGGCUUGCAGGAGACGGUGGGGGGGAAGCCGGGAGGCCGAAGGACCGCCCUUCUUCUGUGUCUCCUCCUCCUGCCGCUGCUGCGGGGCUGCCGGCGAGCGCCUGCCAAAGCCGCGCUGCGUCCUGGGGACUCGCCACGCGCGCCGGGCGCCGCCAGCUGCUCCACGGAGCAGCUCCCUUUUCCCGCGCGCCACGCUUCCAGUGCCAGGUAUUUCCCCUCGCCGUCGCGGUGCAGAGGGUCAGGGAGGGGGGUCCCCCUUCUUCUCCGCUCCCUCCGGCUCCCAUUUGCCUUCGUUUGGGUCCGCCUUUUCGCCGCAAACUUUCCCUGGGGUCGCCUCGCCUCGCCUCUCCAGCCUUUGCUUCGUGCGCAAAAGAAACUUCGCUGUAUCCUCUCCGCUUUUCUUUGCGCCUCCCAAGUUUUCAGUUCACGUUAA